AUGCGACUCGUGUUUAUUCCGCCAGGUCUCCGAUUACCUGUCAUAGCGGCAUCGGAGACUCUGAAGCGCGAGCUGGCCAUCGUCUCUCUGAUUGUAAAUAUUUCUGUGUUCCUAUAUUCAGAUUUUCUUGGUCCAAGUUUUAUUUUGUUCAAACAUACUUUUUAUCUGCCUAACUUAUUUAUUGUGCCGUCUAAGAUCACCUCGUCAACGUACCCAAGCAGUUCCCUAUCAGGCACCCACAUCCACCAUCAUUCAUCGAAAGAGCAACAAAAGUUCCAUAAGAAAAAGGUGGUGAAAAAGGGUCAAAAACCAUCAGCCACCAAAAAGUCAAAAGUUUCGACAAAAGUUGUCAAGAAGAUCGGAACGAAAGCAGUGAAAGUCAAAAAAGUGGCAAAGAAAGGAAACGAUCGUCUAACGCCACGUACCAUCACCGAAUACGUCGACAAUCCAUUCUUCGCCGAUGCAGAAGUUCCUGAAUAUGUUAGUGCAUCGGUAUAUCACAGAUGGAUCACUCGAGCUGUUCGUAAUGAGAACAUGAAGGAGAUCAAGGACUACUACAAGUCCAAAAAGUGUCAAAAAUCGUCAAUUUAUUCGACGUAUGCUUAUUCUUAUGACACUACAGCUUGCUAUGAAGCGGCCCUAAAGGAUAUCAAGUUUGCAACAGAGUUUUUCAAAAUGAAUCACAAAAUGGAGACUGACGAUUCUUACAGACCAGGAAAGGAACCAAAUUUGUUGGAAUAUAAAACCACCGGUCGCAAGAACCACUACAUGAUCGGCCGUCAGACACGACAUAUCGAAAUGGGUCGUGGUGGAAAAGAAGGCAAUAAUGCACUUUUGAACUAUGUCACUAAGAAUGUGGACACCGAUCCGAUGUCACGACUGAUUGAGUCUAAUAUUCCGUAUACGAAGCUUUUCCAGCUGUGUAAGAUCCCAAAUGGACGUAAGUUUUUUAUUCAAUUUCGACGAAAUUCCGUUAUUUGGGAACUUUUUAAAAUCCGCAAAACGCCCAGCCCGGUCCGUUGA